AGUGGCCCUUAUAAAAUGAACUGUGACGGUGGUCCACCGCUGCAGCUGUUCAACUGCACCCACGGAGACUGUGGCGCCACGUUCACCAGGCAGUGGAAGCUGGAGGAGCACGAGACCGUGCACACGGGGGCGCGUCCUUAUCAGUGUUUGUUUGCGGGCUGCGGCCGGAGUUUCCCGCGCAGGUCUCACGUGAAGCGGCACGAGCUCAAACACAGUGGCGACAAGAAGCUCACGUGUGAGUUUCCAGCGUGCACGAAAACUUUCUUCGAUGCCACCAAAAGGAAGAGACACGUGUCCUACGCCCACGAAGACAAGAAGCCCUUCAAGUGUACCCAGCCAGACUGCUCAAUGAUAUUCAAGAAACGCAGAAUGUUUAAACUGCACUUGAAGGAACAUGAAGUGCCUGUGGAGUUCAAAUGCUUGAAGGAUGGUUGUGGUGCCACAUUUGACUCCCGUGCUGCUCGCAAAGCCCACGAGAAGAAGCACACAGGUUACAGUUGCCCCCUUGCUGACUGCCAGGUGUCGGAAUAUACCUGGAGUAACCUUAAAAAGCAUACUGGCAAACACACAGGUUCAUUCCCAUGUCCAGUGUGCAACAAGGUAUAUAAGAAAGCAGCUGCCCUGCAAAGGCACAAACGGAGCCACGCCUCCGUUAAGCCUGUACUGGCUUGUCCUCGAGGCGACUGCCAGGCCUACUUCUCUACAACCUUCAAUCUCGAGCAUCACAUCCGCAAGGUGCACCUGCAGCUCCUCAAAUACAAGUGCUCGUUUGCCGACUGCCCACGAAUGUUUGUGAUGCGGGAGAGUCUGACCAGACAUCUUCUUCACCACGACCCAAAUGCGGCCACUCUAAAGAAACAUGUGCGGUUGAGAAAAUCCUGGCAGAAGCGGUUGAACAGUCACAACCAGCCCCUGGUGGAGGACAACCUACGUCGUCUCUUCACCACGCGCAUGCGGAUCUCCCGGCGCAGCAAAGUGGAAGCUAACCUCUCUGGUCUCUUCAAUGAACGCAAGAUUCCCCACGACGUGGAUCCUGAAGUCAACCUACGCACCCUGUUUAAGCCUCCUCCACUGGUCACAAGCUAAAGUGGUUUCAAACUGUAUUUGUUAAAGCUGAAAUUGGGUCUUUUUAGUUGAAAUGUUGCCUAUUUAUGUUAAAAUCCUGCAUUUGUAGUCCAGCUCUUGGAAUGCUGAUUUGGCUGAAGCUGUUUUGUAACACGUUAUUUACUGACCCAAUAAACUGAGUUUGAUUCUACAGA